GUCCCCGGCGCGCGGUGAUGACGUCAGGAGGCGGUGCCGCGCCGCGGCCGGAGUGGGCCGAGGUUGGAUGAAGAGUCUCAACUUCUUCCAGGUGUCCCUUUAAAACAUUUCUUAUUUCUCCACUUGCUUCUCCCCAUGGAAGACAGGCUGGGGUUCCUUUUCUGCUGUUCAUGCUGAGCAGUUGCUUGAAGAGGUGGUGCUUGAGUGGAGAUACACCUGGUGAUGAUUCAAAUGUGGGAAUCACCCCGGAUGUGGUUGCUGCUGAUGCUCCCCUGGGAACAUGCCUUGAUAGGGAAUUAACACCAGUCAGUGAUGGGCUGUGGGACAAGCAAAGUGCUUCCCGAGCCCCCCAAAGAUGUGCAGCUAGACCUGGUUAAAAAAGUCGAACCUUACACGGGCCACAGUGACAUCUACAAGCAUUUCAUCAAAGAUGACUGCGGGGCUGUCAUCAAAGCUGGCUCUCCCUCCCCUCCCCAUCACACCAACCCCUAUCCCGGGAAUGCCCUGCCCGCCCAGCAGCCCGAGCCCCGCAAGAACAAAGUGGCCAAAUACCGCGCCAAGUUCGACCCGCGAGUGACGGCCAAGUACGACAUCAAAGCGCUGAUCGGGAGGGGCAGCUUCAGCCGCGUGGUGCGCGUGGAGCACAAGGCCACCAAGCAGCCCUACGCCAUCAAGAUGAUCGAGACCAAGUACCGCGAGGGGCGCGAGGUGUGCGAGUCGGAGCUGAGCGUCCUGCGCCGCGUGCGCCACACCAACAUCAUCCAGCUCAUCGAGGUGUUCGAGACGCAGGACCGCGUCUACAUGGUCAUGGAGCUGGCCACUGGCGGCGAGCUCUUCGACCGCAUCAUCGCCAAGGGCUCCUUCACCGAGAGGGACGCCACGCGUGUGCUGCAGAUGGUGCUGGACGGCGUGAGGUACCUGCACACGCUGGGCAUCACCCACCGCGACUUGAAGCCGGAGAACCUGCUGUACUACCACCCGGGCACGGACUCCAAAAUCAUGAUCACGGACUUUGGGCUGGCGAGCGCGCGCAAGAAGGGGGACGACUGCCUGAUGAAAACCACGUGUGGCACUCCGGAGUACAUCGCUCCCGAGAUCCUGGUCAGGAAGCCCUACACGAACUCCGUGGACAUGUGGGCCCUGGGGGUGAUCUCCUACAUUCUCCUCAGCGGCACGAUGCCCUUUGAGGACGACAACCGCACCCGCCUGUACCGGCAGAUCCUGAAGGGAAAGUACAGUUACUCAGGCGAGCCCUGGCCCAGCGUGUCCAACCUGGCCAAGGAUUUCAUCGACCGCCUGCUGACGGUGGACCCCAGUGACAGGAUGACAGCCCUUCAGGCCCUGAAGCACCCGUGGGUGGUCAGCAUGGCAGCCUCCUCCUCCAUGAAGAACCUGCACCGUUCCAUCUCACAGAACCUUCUCAAGAGGGCAUCCUCCCGCUGCCAGAGCACCAAGUCAGCGCAGUCCACCCGCUCCAGCCGCUCCACCAAAUCCAACAAGUCGCGGCGCGUGCGGGAGCGGGAGCUGCGCGAGCUCAACCUGCGCUACCAGCAGCAGUACACGGGCUGAGCUUGAGUCUCUUGAAAAGAAAAUUCAGAAGGAGGACCCCUGCCACAGGUCUGCUCUGCGCCGCAGGUGUGCACACACUCAGCGAGGAACAGCCGGGUUCCUCCCUCCCUCCCUGCAGGCGUGCCCCCCUCCCAUGGGGAGGUGUCCCCCUCACCCCGUGCGGAGGAAAGGGAACCUCGUGGUGGCCGUGCCAGCCUGCGAGCUGUGCCACGGGGUCUCGUGCCAGAAACGGGGGAGUCCUUGUGGGCUCCGAGCCUCAAGGAAUUAAGGAGCCACGUGGGGAGAAGAGCUCUUUCUGUAGCCCAGGAGCUUGGUUGUUCAUAGUUAUUUAUUAAUUCCAGAGUGUUUAGUUUCUCUCACUUGUGUAUGGAAAAAAGAAGCAAUCACUUGGUGUGUCUGUGCGUGCACGUCCGUGUGUGCACAUACACAUGUGGGGGUGUAUAUGUAUUUAAAAAUUAUGGAUACACAGAUUUUGGGCUGGUUUAGUCAGACUCCGUGGUGCCUUUGCAGCGAAGCUGGAAUGAGUCAUGUGCAGUUAGAAGUGGGAUAGCUCUGACUCACUGGUGUGCUGCCCACCAGCUCCAUGCCAAAGAGAUGCCAGACAGCAGUUUUCCACGAGGGCUGGGAAGCUGUGAGGUUUCCCCCAAGGGCUGCCAUCCUCCUGAUGACGUCAAGGGCUCACUUGAUGACAUCAAGCGUUUACUCCUGGAAUUGUCCUUUCCCUGUUUGCAGUAAGACCAGUGCCUGUCAUGCAGGGUUUGUUCUUGUGGCUCUGUUGUGUCUCUGACGUGUUACACACCUUGCACCCUUCAGAAGAAGGUGGAGAAGGCUGAGUUUUCUUGUGCUAAGGGGAAAAAAGAGGGGGGAGGCUUUAGGGAUGUGCUUCCCACCCCAGAGGUGGAAUGGCCUAUAACCACUGUAAGCACAGUGUUACUGACCAUGUCACUGCACCAGAACUUUGGUGGUUCCAGGCUGUUCCCUGUCUGCAGAUUUGACAGGGCUCCCCUGCUUUGUGUGCCUGUGCAGCCCCAGCACUGCCAUCCCUGCUUUGGGACUCUGGUGGUGGGAGCUGUUGGGGUGGCCACAAAUAGCUCCAUAGCAUCAGGGUAGGGGCUUGAGUAGUUUAAGCCCAGUCUGGGAAUGUCAGCAAUGACAGUACCCUGGAGACAUUGUACAAAUGCCCUAGAGCUGUGAGGGGUGACUUAAGUUCACCAGGAAAAAGCUGCCUUUGAGGAGUCCUUGUGCUGUGUAGGUGAUGAGGUGGCCUCUUAGAAAGGACUCUCAGGAGAGGUGGGGGCUGCAGAGCUGAGCUUUCUGCAAGCCUGCUGAGAUUCUCUUCCCAGCUAGUUAGAGCAUCAAAGUGGGGCUGAUGGCACAGGCACAGGAUGGAUUUGGCUUCUCAUGGUAGCAGAGACAAGAUCAGCAGUGAAGGAAAAUGCUGGGGUUUGAAACUUUUCUUCCGAAGCCACCCGAUUUGCUUUGUGCUGUGCACUUGGGAAGGGCUUGCUUGGCUCUGGACUGGAGGUCCAGGCAGUCCAAGCUCAAGGGUCUGGUGAGCUUGGCCUUUUCCUAGGAUUGAUGCCUGUGCCACUGUGUUUUAGUGUCAGCAGGGCUGAAGUGGUCAGUCACAUCUCCAGGGAGCUCUCACAGUCACUCCUAGUCAGCAAACAGCAAAGCAGCUUUAAUGGGAGACAAUUGGAGUUUUCUGUGCUAAGGUAAAAAAAAAAGCGGGGGGAGAUUUCUGGGGGUGUGCUUCCCACCCCAAAGGUGGGAUGGGCUAUAAAUACAUGUAACCAGCCUGGUGUGCCCAAGCAUGUGGUAGGGAGUAGAGCAGAAACUUGAGGACAGCCACUGUGUGUAGCAGGAGUGAAUCUGAAAUCCUGUGUGUGGUUUUGCAUGUUAUUUUGGAAACCUCACAUCCUUUUCAGGCUGCCCUUGCUCUGAGGAACCCAUCCUACCAUGUCACACGCAGUCUUUCUUCCAUCAGCAUUAACAGAUACUGUAGAAUUCCUCAAAUUGGGGUUUUUUUUCAACUCUGUGGACUGCAAACAAAAAUAUUUUCUGCAUCUUUUACCUCCUCACAUUGUUUUUCCCUAGUUUGUUACCGUGAGCUAUAAACUAGAUGUGAUUUCUGACAAAGCAGGCAGCUUGCCACAUUUUGCUUCAUAAACAGUUCAGUGUCCCUCAUGGUACUGCAAACAGCUCUCCAAAAGCAGGAGCUCCUCUUAGGCCAGUAUCAGCUGGGCCAUGGGGGCCCUGCAGGUCAGGGGGUAGCAGGAGGCUCCCUUGGAGCACGUCUGCUUCUGAGCCAUUACUUGAAGAGGCUUUGGUGUGUUUGGAGCAUCACUCCAGGCACUGAGAUUGUUUUCACCUCCUGGCUGCUCCCAUGGCCCUCUCCAGAUUAUCCUGCAUUUUUAUCCAUAAAACAGGGAUUUUGCCUGUGUGAGGGGGUCAAACUGAUGAACUGAGCCAAGACCUCUAGAACUGAGACCCUUCCCCUUAACCACUAGACCAUGAAAAUGCCCAGGCAUCAUGCAGAUAUCUGCCCAUGCUGUUCCUUUAUCCUUCUCUUAUGGGAUGUGGAAUGCAUAAAGCUCUGGGCUAACCAGGCUUGUUUCUCCACCUUCACAAAGCAGAACAAGAACCUUCUCUUCUGUGACAAUUUUUCCUUCAUUGAUCUAUUCCACAACUGGUUUUUCACCAGGGGAAGUUCAGAGUGAUCAUUUGUGAUUAUUUUGGGCUGGAAUAUGUUUUGAAAAGCAGGAGGUUACUGUGCAGGUUCCUGACAGUCGCAGGAUUUGGUGGUGAUGCUCUGUGACUAGGAAUGAAUUGGCAGAAGGGAGGAUCCUUCACAUAGCUGAGAAUACUGGAUAGCUGCAACUGCUUCUCUGUGGUAUUGAGGUGUGUGCAGUCCUCGGGCACUCCACUGCUUGGGAACUGUGGGAAGCGGGCAAAGGCCAUCCCAUAAAGAGCUUUGGCUUUUCUGAAAAAAGAACUCUAAUUCUUCUCACAUAUGCAAGGUUUUCUUGUUUACAUGGAAAAAUCAGUGUAAACUUGGGAAAGUCUUUACAGGCUUUCCUUCUGUAGUUCAAUUUUAACACCCUUGGCUCCCUCCCUCUUCUGUUUCUAAAUCCAGUAUUCACAGGAGCUUUGCAGCCAGACGAUAACGUGUGGCCAGAGGGGAGAUGAGCAGAGCUCUGUCCAAGUGACCUUGGAGUCCUCAGUGAUCUUUCACUCAGUCUGGAAAACUGUGAUGAUCCAAAUGCCACGUUGGAAAGUCCAGCUUAAGAACAAUUCCUCAGGUGCUUUUAUUCUUGCAAGGGGGACAUGCUUUCAGUUGGGUCUGGUGUGCAGGGGGACAGGCAAAGUGCUGUAAUUCUGAGCCAUAGUCCAGGUGCCUUCAAUCUGUCCUCUAAGAAGCUCUUCACUGUGAAUUACCUUGAUCAUCUGUCUUCAUUCCACAGGAGCAGCUCAGUGCUCAGUUGGUCUUAAGUCUCAGGAGUUUACACUUUUCAGGAGUGCCUUUUUUGGGGAUUUUAGAAACUAAAAUCUCUCUGAAAUGUUUUUUUCUACUCUUUAAUUUAAUUUUUUUAAUGUCCUUCUUUGAUUCUAAUGGUGGUUCUUAAUUUGGCUCACAGGGUGUUUUUGGGAAAUUUCCCUUCUGAAUGUGCAGGGAGGACAGAAGUAACACCUGCUUGUUCCAGACCACCACAAAUCUGAGUGCUUCUGUUUCGCCUGCUCUGGCUCACGAAGGGGAGGUGGAGUUGGAAUGACACCUAGUGGCAAAUUGUGGUGUGUCCUCGUCCAAGCACAGCCCUCUCCUCGCUUUGUCCCCUCUGUUUCUGGGUGCGAUGCUCUUUGAGAGUAAAGGGAAUUAGGGUGGUUUGUCUUUUGGAACUUAGCAGUACUGUGUAAAACAAUCCCAUCCUUUGUCCUGGGAGUUUGGCUGCUCUCUUGAGGGAGAGAAUUACAGCUUCAAAGAAUGUGGCCUGUUGGUUCCUUGAUUUUUAUUAUUUUUGUCAAGGGUUAUUGGAAAAGAAUGUGAAAAAGUCUUCCAGAAAUGGCAUUAGGGGGUCUAAAGAUUUGCAUCCAGAUUUUUGAGUGUGUAGUGUGUUUUCCUAAAACAGCAGUUACCAGUCCAUGUUUGAUUUACUUCUCACUCAGGCUUCUAAAAAUCUUAACACAUCAACCCAGUGGGGGUAGAAACUGCCCUUCCUUCGAUCCUGAAGAAAUUUGUGCUGUUUAACACUGCAGCUGUGAUAGCAUCCAGAUGCUCCUGCUCUGUGUUGUUCUUGGAAGCACACAGCUGUACGUGGAGGAAAGCUUGAGAGCCUUGUGAGGAGCUUAAGCCCAGACAAGCGGGCUCAGACUUGCUGGCUUUGGUGGUGAUGUGGAAACCAGCUGCAGUGUAGGGCCUGCUUCACGUGUUUGUUCUGGUUGUGAUAAACCCUCACGCUCUCCUUUGGAAUCUGGGUAUUUUCCUCUUUUAGGUGAGAUAUUUUCUGUUCUGGUAAUUUACACUAUUUCUGAGGCCCUGCUCCAUUUCUCAGUCCUGUUUUCUACCCGGGUGUUUGGCUGCAGUACUAAGAGAGUCAGCUUUUAUCUGAUGCACAAACUGGAAUAGGAAUGAUGGUUCACUUGGCUGCUGGGCAGCAGCUCUGGGUUUGGUUCUGUAGGAGCUGUGGCAAGUCCAGGGGCAAGGUAGAAGCUUCCAUAUGAUGCCUUUGAGGACCUGCAGUGCAGGCUCAGCUCAGUCUUGUACCACAUAGGGCAACCACUGUGUGGCUGUUACAGGCCUCCAAUUAGGCUGUGUGGGGCCAUAUUGUUUUAAGUAAUGAUAUUGAAGAUUUGGGGGGGUUGAGGUGGGAUAAAUUAAAAUCUCAAUUGUUUGACUUAAUUUAGUUUUCUAAAUGAUGCAAAGCAACACAGACAUUGGCUUCUUUGGCACCAGUAUGAGCCCUAGAAUUUGCAGGGAGGUUGGGUUGUCCAGGCCUCUCACCCACUCAGCUUUCUCCUGGAAAGUGUCAUGAAGUGCCUGUACCACUCAGUGCAUGUACCCAGUCCCAAGUUGCCUUCACCACUCUUGGGAGGAUUUUGGUGCUUUUUUUUGACAACUCAGUCUCCUCUUUCACCCUGGAUUAAGAGUGCAGCACUCCAAGGCAGGUACCUGCAUGUCAGCUGUGCCUACUGUGCAGGAAACUUCCCAAAGAAAUAAAUGUGAACAGCAGGGACGUGCUGUGGCCAGCGGCAUCACGGAGCUCAGUGCCUUCCACCCUCGGUGUGCCAGGAGCAGCGGGAGCUCUGCCUGGUGACAAUUGUCCCUCUCCCACUGUCCCCCCCUGCCUGGUGAUGCUGCAGAUGUGUGAUGGGCGAGCUCUGGCUGCUGUUGCAGAGGUCACUGCACUGUUUUUUUGCUGAAUGUGGAAUCAGUUCGUGGAGCAGCUCCAUGGCCCAGCGAGGUGUGUUACAAAGCAGCAGCUCCUGGUGUUACAAAGCAGCAGCUCCUGUGCUGACGCCCCGAUGCCCUGAGCUUUCCUGUUGCCUUUCCCUACGGAAGGAACCUCCCGGGAAGCCCUUUGGAUCUGAGAUCUUCCGGCACUUGAUGUUAUUUUUGGUUGCCCAGUUUCCGGUGCUGGGUUGGAACAGUUUGGAAGUGACUCUGGUCUCAUUCAGUCGGUCUGUGUCCCAUCCAGUGUCCCGUUCUGUGCCUUGCCUUUCGAGUCCUGGCUUUACUCUAAGGACUGUCCUGUCAGAUGAGGUGGGACCCAUUGUAAUUAGUCUGUAAUGUUCAAGUUAGAGUGUACAGAAUUAUUUAUUUGUUGUACUCGUUCUGCUAAAACAUGUCCAUGUAUUCUGUGUA